AUGGUAGAUGAUAAUUCUAAUUUUUUCCACACGUAUCAUGUAGAUGAGUUGGGGCGCCUACAAGAUGUGCUUUGGGUAGAUGCAAGGAGUCGGGUCGCGUACGAGGAAUUUGGUGACGUAGUUGUUUUUGAUUCCACAUACCUUACGAAUGAAUACAAGUUACCAUUUUGUAACUUUGUUGGGGUGAAUCACCACGGUCAAACAAUUUUGUUUGGCUGUGCACUGUUAUCCCGUGAGACUUCAGAAACUUUUGUAUGGGUAUUCUCAAACUGGUUGCGGUGUAUGGGCGAGAAAAAGCCCAUUGGGAUUCUUACUGAUCAGGACCCGGCAAUGAAGAAAGCGUUGAAGCUGACCAUGAAGGAAAGCACUCACCGAUGGUGCAUUUGGCACAUUACUCAGAAAUUUGGAAAGAAAUUGGGCAAGCUCCCUAAUUAUCCAGCUUUACAUGAUGACCUCGAGAAUGCAAUUUAUGACAGCCUAGAUUGUGAAGAGUUUGAGAGUAAUUGGCAAACAGUGAUCAAGAAACAUGAAAUAGAAGAUGAUGAAUGGCUAACAGGUUUAUUCUUGUUUAUUGUUUAUGUUCUGGUCUCUCUGUUCUGUUCUGUGUGUGUACUUGGUUGUGUGUGUUUUGUGGGUGUUUCCAAUGUGGAGGACCUUCUGAUUUCAACAAGAUCUACUAGUGAGAAAAGGGCUGAUGACAAUAAUGAGAGGUAUGUUCGACAAGCGUAUAGUGACUUUCCAGCUGAAUUGGUCUUCCAGAUGGUCUACAUAGAUGCCAAAUUCAAGGAGGUGCAAAGAGAGUGCAGUCGCGUAAUGUAUGUUAGUGAGAUUCAUAGAAACAAACUUUCUGAUAAUGUGACUGAACACAUUGUGGAGGAUCGAGUUUGGUAUAAACCUAAAAAUUGUAGGAAGGAGAAACCUUCAAAGAUGAAGAGGGAGUAUAAGCUUCUGUAUGAUAGUUCAAGUAAAGAAGUGUCUUGUGAAUGUAGGAUGUUUGAUUGUGCUGGCAUCAUUUGUCGCCACAUGAUAAAGGUGUACGAGAGGAUUAAUUUCUUUGAAAUCCCUGAUAAAUACAUCUUACGGAGGUAG